UUAGUUCAUUCGAACGUUCGCUCCAUCGUUAUUCAUCGCAAGUUCAUCCCAGCCACCAUGGCAACCGACGGUGCCGGUAAAUUCUCUCUCGCUCUCUCUCUCUCUCUCUAGCCCUUUCUUACGAUUCGAACACUUAUGACUUGUUUUUCUUUCUGCCUCUCUCUUUCUCUCUCUCCCGCAAUGUAUGUACACAUACCCCGUAUGGGAAGAAGCUUUCCCAUGGAAACCAUCCCUUCCCGUGCGGCCACGAUGGGUGGGAGCACAGACCGAAGGCUCCAAAAACCGACCACAGCUGGACCGUUUGGGCCGGAUGGUUGGACGGUGAAGUUUCAGUCUGUUGUUACGCUCGGGCGUAGAAAGUGGUCGGUUGGAAUUUGGCUUAACGUACAACCAUCCCCGUGGGUGUACCCAGUGUAGGCGCGGCAAAACAUAACACCCGGUGGUACCGUGUCCUCUGGACUCUGGUGGACUCGCGGACGCGCAAAAGGGUCGUCAACACGACGACGUAAAUUUAGUGUUUGAAUGUGUCUGUGUGUUCAAAUCUUUUUGUUUAAUUAGCUUCGAUUCGAUGGGUUAAUAAUAGCAGACGGUGUGCGAAGUAGUGUACUUUCUUUGUGACAGCUUUAAAGUGACAGUUGCUGAAAAUUGUUCAGAUUUACACAAAAAACAAGGAAGAUCAAAAUGAUUCCGCAUCGAACUGUACAGUGCGAUCGAUCACAGCGUUAUCAAGGCGGUACACUAAGGUGUAAACGAUCGGUGACGUUUGGUGCUGCACUGCUGCUGGCAGCAACAAUGGCGCUACUGUUCGUGAGCAACGUGGCCAGUGCAGAGGCUGUAGACAAAAUGGCAGAUACACCGAGCAGUGAAGAAGCGACAGCAGAUGGAGAGCAAUUGAUGCCACAGGCACUCUCGCUAACAACACUACUCUCGGAGGAUCCGACUGCUGCAGCAUUGCAACCGGGCCACAUCGAUGCAUCACUGCAACCUCUGUCUGAGCACAACCCAUCACCCUCGUCGCCGGACAUUCCCAGUGUGGAUGGACGUCGGCGUCGUCGAUUGGGUAGGAAGCGAAAGCGUCGUCCACUGCAGGACGAUUACUGGCCACCGGCAGUACCGGAAGAUAACGAUACGGAGUCGAACGGUUUCUCCCCAACAGCGGGCGCCGGCCGAGUAUCGGAUCGGAAACGUUUAGCGUAUGCCGGAGCGGGCGCAUCUCGCUGGGAGGAACCGGCGCAACGGGCCGCACCAGCCCGGCCAGUCAUUCGAUCGAAUGCGAACCAUCAGCAGCGACCGGGCGAUUGGAUGCAUAACCCAUACACCGAUGCGAUUAACGUGGAACAACCGCCGGCAACGGUAAGACGGCUCCCAGGUGGACAAUCUGCCGCGGCAACGGCCGGAAAUUUGUCACCUAUUGAUCCGAAUAGGUCGCGACGAAUUGCCGGCGGGCGACCGACGGAACAGUCCCCGACCAAUGCCAAAGCAUACCGGAAACCAUACUCACAGGCACGGCGUACCGAGGAACCUUAUUCUACCGGUGACGGUGGUUCGAGUGAAGCCGGCAAGGUUCCCGUAUCGGCGACCGAUCUGAAGGCGCUGCUAAAACAAUCCGACGGACUGAGUCUGAGCGAGAUACUGCAGCAGCGCAACAUUUCGCUGCAGGAUCUUAUCAAGGGCAAACAGAUGGCAUUGGCCGCACUCACGCAAAGCCCACUGGACGCAACCACAACGAUGAUGACGACGGGAGACGAACAGUCUACGACCUUGUCGCCCACACUUUCGAGCGUACGGUUUCGGGUGCACGACGACAACCUUACCGGGCGGCCCGAAGUUUCCGGAGAUACGAGUACCGCAACGACGCCGACAACGAGCACGGCGAUACCAGCUAACGACUUGCUAACGACUUCCGGCUUUAAUGGUCAUCCACCGAGUGCAGUGGAGGAUGAAUCGAACAAUGCGGUCGGUGACGAUAUUGGUCAUAGUGUUGGAAGCAUUUUCCCGACCGUUGAAAUCAAGCAGCUUGCACUCAACCCGGUACUUCCCAUGCACAAGGACGACCAGCGCAUCCGUCCGAUAAAAGGUGUCGCCUCACGGAUACGGCCCGAUCUGAGCAACACACACAUCCGGACCGAACCGGGCCAGGCAGCACAGGUUCGGUUAUCCAUCGCAACCACAACCACCGGCAGUCCAACGAUUGGUCCGACGAAUCCUUCACUGCUGCUGAUGACAUCAACGACAAGGGAAAGGUGGACACCGUCCGCCGCACUUGUUGGGCAGCGUCAGAAGUUUCAAACCACGGGAAAGCAGUUCCACGCCGGAAGGUACGGUUACGGUACGACCCUACCCUCAGGAUUUAGCUCAACCGCAUCGGAGAGUGAUAAUGCGCCGCUAACGCUCACGACGACAGUGGUUGGAACAACGACCGAACCACCGUCGGCGAAAAAGCUCGUAGGGCUGAAACUAAGUUCUGCCGAAGCUACCUCCAUCCUGCCGGAAGCGGAAGCAAUGGUGGAGUUAUCGCCCGAACGUCAGCUUCAUCAACAUCUGCUGCGCGUUCCGAAGCUGAAGCCCAGAAUUGCCAUCAAACCGAAGCUAACGAAUGUAGUGCCACCGACAUUACCUGCUGAAGUACCAUCCUCCACAGUAGUGCCACCAUCAACGGCUCCGCCGGUCAAGGUUACAGCCAAGGAUCGAUUUAAUCUGUCUGACGUGGAGCUGAGUGAUGACAGUACCGGCGAGGGAUCCAUUACAACGCCCGCCAGCAAACAGGGACGCCAGCAGCGCUUGAACGAUGAUUUGGACGAUAGCGAAGAGCCGGGUUUGAACAUUAUCGAGAAGUUUACCUCAUUUGCGGAUUCUGCGAUACCGGCGACACAGGAAGAACGGGAUUCAGAACAGGCAGCGGUGGCCGAUUUGAUUGGACGUAUAAGCGAACAUACGCAGCGCUCAUUUACGGACAGCUUGGAGGAUCUCUACCGCGACGUCACCGAAAGCAACCCCUCACUGUUUAACGAUCUCUCACCAAUCGCUAGUGCCGAUGAUAGGCGCGAACUGCUCGAACUGAUGGAGGACCGUCGUAUCGGGUCGCGCCUUGCCAAGGUACUAUCGCAGCGUAACAUGACACUGGAGCAGCUGCUAGAGCAUCGACGCCGCGGUUCCAGCCAGCUUCAUCUGGCAGAAAUAGCAAACGGCAAGGUGAAACCGAUCGAUGACAAGAUCGACAUUGUGACGGCGUUCGAGCACUUUCCACGCUUCAACAUUGGCAACCUGCGCAGCAUCCGGCCCGACGACAUCAAGCUGGACUCGCAGGGUUUCAGCUACUUCACCUCGAUCAUCAACAUCCGACCGUCGGAUGAGGCGUACAAGGAGGCCCGUGCAUUGCAGGAUCGACAUCGCUCGAGGCGACCGGUCUCAUCCACGAGCAAUCAUCGCGGUGACACUCAUUUUUUAGUGAAAGGCGGAUCGAAGGAUAGGCUGCUCGUGCCUUCGAGAAUGUCCGCCGGAAUGGAACAUACGUACGGCAGCAACAGCGAAAACUAUGAUCACCAGGAGGAUCACCGCAACGAUGUAGGCGAUCUGCUCGAUCUGGAACUAUCGGGCCAUGGGUUUCAGCACCACCGGAGUGCGUCGGUAACGAUCGAGAGUACCUCGAUGCCGGUCGGUGUCCGAUCGGCGAUCGUUGCCAGUUCGGUGAUCGUUGGCGUUUCGCUCGUGAUCUUCGUAGCCAUAUUCGUGGCCUGUCGGUUACGGCAGCGUCGUCGCCAGAAGCUUAAUUACACCGAAAACUUCAACAUGGCGAAGGGCCGUCUGCCAAUUCUGCAUGCGAGCGAUCAGGAAACGGUGCGAAAGAGUUGCACACCAUCGGCAUCUGGGCGAUCGAGCAGUUUGGGUGAGCAGGUUGUCUACACCACGCAUCGAGCACUGGGCGGAACCAGCGGAACGACGGGUAACAGCGGUACGGUAGGAACGUCAGCGACAGCAACGACGAGCAGACAGCGGGCCAUGAUGGAUCCCAAUUCGGUCGAGGUACAGGAUUAUCUUUGGGAUCGGAAACCAUUCCAGUAAACGAUCGAACGAACAGGGAGUGUUUCGAGUUUAUUCGACGGUUGUGAUAAAAAAGGGUUUUGCUAUAUCUAUCUAUUAGAUUGAUCCUAUCCAACCGGAACCGAGGACGGGAGCAGCAUCAGUGCUCACCAGCACUCUAGCCCCAAAAAAAAAACCAUCCCAUCCUCCGAUCGAACUGGAUUAGAACGAGAACCAAGGAUGUACCGUGAUCGUGAAACGAUGUGUUAAAUGACAACGGUGUGACAAGGGCUAGUUUCCACUUGCACACACACACAUAGGAUAUGAGCGGGACGAACCAUGAAACGAAUGAAAAUCGUGUUAGAAGAAAGUCUGUUUCAAGAAACUCUGGUCGGACAAAAGUUUGAGCUUCAUCACGGUCAGAAGAUGCACUAGUUGCAAGUAAACUUACCCUGCACCGUGUUCUUUAUCUAACAAACUGCCAUCUCGUCCGCACCGGAACGGAAGUUUAAAUCAACCACCUAAACAAAACGAUGGCCAACGAGUGUCCGCGGGUGUUGUGGGUUGAUUUGGAUGUGACUUGUGGAAGGACCAAGAGAUUGUUACAAAACUCCGUUCAACAUGAGCAACAAGAAAGAUUAGUUGUAAAACCGAAAGACAAAGACAACGGAAGAAAAAAUUCACACUUUAAUAUUAUAAUAUACUUGUAAAGGGAGUCAGCGAGACAAAACAUGUUGUAAGAUAGACAAAAACCAAUGUGCAAUAUUACGUUCGAAGGAAGAAUAAUAAAUUAAUGUUAAACAAAGUUGCGAUACGACGUACGACGGUCUUAGCCGGUAGUUUAUAAUUUAUAAAGUUACAAAUAAUCUAACUUUAAACUAGGUGAUUUAGUGUAUGAGUCUGUUUUCUCCCUCAAAGCUAGGAUAGGGAAAAGGAAGACGAUAGCGUUGAGUAGCAGAUUCCAACCGAUAGUGAACAGUCCGAACUGUCUUUAAUUACAAUAAAUUCAAAUAAUUUAAAAGCGCAAAGAAAGUAUUUUUGUUUCGUUGUAAAAAAUGAAUGAAUAAAACAAGCGUAAGUUAUC